AUGGAUGUUGUUGUUGAGCCUGGCAUUGGAUGGAUGGAGCUUAAUGAGUAUUUGGAACCUUAUGGACUAUUUUUUCCACUUGAUCCAGGUCCUGGUGCCAGCAUUGGAGGCAUGUGUGCUACACGUUGCUCUGGUUCGUUAGCUGUGAGGUAUGGAACUAUGCGUGACAAUGUCAUCAGUCUCAAGGUGGUCCUUGCCAAUGGAGACGUUGUGAAGACUGCAUCACGUGCCAGGAAGAGUGCUGCAGGGUAUGAUUUGACCCGCUUGAUGAUUGGAAGUGAAGGAACACUUGGUGUUAUAACAGAAGUAACCCUACGGCUUCAGAAAAUUCCUCAGUAUUCAGUGGUUGCAAUGUGCAAUUUCCGUUCUGUGAAGGAUGCGGCAGAUGUUGCUAUUGCCACCAUGAUGUCUGGUAUACAGGUGUCAAGGGUAGAGCUAUUGGAUGAAGUCCAAGUGAAAGCUAUCAAUAUUGCUAAUGGGAAAAAUUUGCCUGAAUAUCCAACCUUAAUGUUUGAAUUUAUAGGAACAGAGGCAUAUGCACGAGAGCAAACACAAAUUGUUCGGAAACUUGUUUCUGAGCACAAUGGCUCAGAUUUUGUAUUUGCAGAAGAACCUGAAGCAAAAAACGAACUUUGGAAGGCAAGGAAAGAGGCACUCUGGGCUUGCUUUGCAAUGGAACCUAAUCUGGAGGCAAUGAUUUCAGAUGUAUGUGUUCCUUUAUCUCACCUUGCUGAUUUAAUUUCAAGGUCUAAAAAGGAGCUGGAUGCAUCACCACUAGUUUGCACAGUAAUUGCACAUGCUGGAGAUGGUAAUUUUCACACAGUUAUUCUAUUUGAUCCUAACCAAGAAGAAGAGCGGCGGGAGGCGGAGAGACUCAACCAUUUUAUGGUUCAUGCUGCUUUGUCAUUAGAAGGAACUUGUACUGGUGAGCACGGUGUUGGCACUGGAAAAAUGAAGUAUCUUGAAGAAGAACUCGGAGUGGAAGCAUUGAGGACAAUGAAAAAAAUAAAAGCAGUCCUAGAUCCUAAUAAUAUCAUGAAUCCAGGAAAGCUCAUUCCUCCCCAUAGUUACACUGUUCGAGUUUACAGGUGGGAAAUUUUGGAUUUGUAUCACUAUGCACAACUGAUGUGUAAUUACGCAAAAUGUCAAAGAAACAAAGUGAAUGCACGUGUCUUCUCCGCUGAAGGAGUCUUACCACAUGAGAUUGAAUAA